UCUGCGGCUGUGCGGGUGACGCACUGAGCGGCUCAGCGUGUAAAGAUGGCUCCCUUUCCGGACGAGGUGGAUGUGUUUACUGGCCCGCACUGGCGAAUGAAGCAGCUCGUGGGCCUCUACUGCGAGAAGCUGUCAAAGACCAACUUCUCCAACAACAGCGACUUCCGCUCCUUCCUCCAGUCGCUGUGCGCCACCUUCAAGGAGUUCAAGAUGCACGAACAGAUUGAGAACGAGUGCAUCAUCGGCCUGCUGCAGCAGCGCUGCUGCACGGUGUACAACGUGCACGCCGACAACAAGCUGUCGGAGAUGUUGUCCCUCUUUGAAAAGGGGUUGCACAACGUCAAGAGUGAGUACGAGCAGCUGAACUACGCCCAGCAGCUGAAGGAGCGACUAGAAGCGUUCACACAGGACUUUCUGCCCCACAUGAAGGAAGAAGAAGAGGUGUUCCAGCCCAUGCUGAUGCAGUACUUCACCUACGAGGAGCUCAAGGACAUCAAGAAGCAGGUGAUCGCGCAGCACUGCAGCCAACACCAGUGGGACUGUAAGGGCUUCAGCCUGUGGAGUCAGGCGGAGGAGCUGCAGAAGGCCUUCAAAUACGCCGACCACGAGAAGACCGAUUAUAACCUGGAGAAGAAGCGUGACUCUUCAGCGCACAUCUCCCAGCUCCCGACGGAAAUCAUGCUGCGGCUGCUCCGCUAUCUGGGGCCUGAAGACCUGUGUCGCUGCAGUCAGGUGUGCAGCUCCUGGUUGGAUCUGGCCAAGACCGGCUCCCUGUGGAGACACCUGUACCCCGUGCGCUGGGCCAGAGGUGAUUAUUACAGCGCCCCCCCCGGGGACCUCGACCAGGAGCCGGGCGAGGAGUGGGUGAAGAGUCGGCAGAACGAGGGUCGGGCCUAUCAGGAAUGGGACGAGGACGCAGACGUUGACGAGUCUGACGAGUCGGGCCGGGCUCGGGGCUCCCCGGCUAUCGACACCGCCCAGCGGGAGAAGAGGCUUCUGAACGGGAUCAUCCAGAACCUCCUGCCAGCCGUGGGUCCGUCUGUCAAGUCCAUCGUUCUGGCCUACAGCUCCACGGUCUCCAGUAAAAUGGUGCGCCAAAUCCUCGGUUUCUGCCCCAACAUCACCCACCUGGACCUGACCCAGACGGAUGUGACCGAUUGUGCAUUCGACAGCUGGUCGUCCCUCGGCGGUUGCCUCUCCCUGGAGCACCUGGACCUGUCGGGGUGCGAAAAGAUCACCGACCACAGCAUGAUGAAGCUGUCCGUGGGGCUGGGCGACCUCACGUCCUCCACCUGCUUCGACCAGCGCUCGGACCGGCGAGCCAAGCUCCUCAAGAGCCCCCCGAUCCCCAUCGCGCUCACGGAGGCCAGAAAGAACCCGGCGGGGCGCCAGCGCCAGGCCCUCGUCUUCAAGCCGGGGCCCGACCGAUGGGGCGCCGUCGCCGCCUGCACCCCGACGCAAGUGUGGGUCCUGGACCCGGCGGACCUCGCCGACAUCGAGGACGCCGCGGACUGGAGCCGCCGCGGCGGGACGUCUCUCCCGGACGCGGAGAGCUUCGUGGAGACGCAGCUGGUGGGCAGCAGCUGCUGCUGCAGGAGGAGCAGGAGGCGCGGCGGCUACAGGACCGGCUCCAGCGCCUCCUUCUUGCACCGGCAGUACGCGUUGGGGGAAUUGUUUUGCGGCCACUCCGCCUGCUGCACCGGCGACGCGGCCCUCAGGACUUUCGCCGGGCCCCCGUGCGAGUCGGGCUCCACCAGGAGCGGCGCUGCGGAGUUUCGGACUAAGUGCUCCUCUUUCGGGGGCCGGCGGUGCCCGGAGCGCCAACACAGGACCGGUGGGUCGGAGGCAACGCGCUCGCUGAGGUUUCUCAGUCUCUCCGGAUGUUAUCAAGUCACAGAUCUGGGCUUGAGGGCUCUGUCGCAGCGCGGAGGGCUUCCUUACCUGGAGCACCUCAACCUGUCCGGCUGCCUCUUCAUCACCGAUGUGGGGCUGCGGGAGCUGGUGUCGGCCUGCCCGGCGCUCAACGACGAGCACUUCUACUACUGCGACAACAUCAGCGGUCCUCACGCGGACACGGCCAGCGGCUGCCAGAACCUGCAGUGUGGUUUCAGGGCCUGCUGCCGCUCUGGAGAGUGAUCCCACCAUGCAACGCUCUCCUUAAAGAAAUAUAUAUAUAUAUAUAUAUAUAUAUAUAUAUAUAUAUAUAUAUAUAUAUAUAUAUAUAUAUAACGUCUCCGUUUUAUUGCACUUUAUCCUGGGAAUACCGGUUUCUGUAUUUUGUGUCACUUAAAAAAAAAAAAGAAGUUUCUGGAUGAAACACAUUUUUCUUUUAAUUUAAAUUUGUUUUUGCUCCUGUUAUUUCCAUUUCCAUCUAUAUUAAAUGGAAAUAAUCUUUUUAGAAAAGGAAAACACAAAAAAAGGGGGGGGGUGAUGUAUUUGAAUCGUCUGUUAGCGAAGCGCUAACACCGAGUGCUUCGUGUUCUCCGUAGAGUCGUACACGUCUUCUUCUUCUCCCCCUGCUGCUGGUUAAUUGAUCCAUUUAUUAUAUCAUCUUCAUCAUCAAUAAGUGUUCAUUUAUUGGAGAGUGGAACAUGAAAGCUUUCGAGGGCUACGGGUCAGAGUGGAUAUCGUGUUACCUUGAAGUUCAGUUCAAUUCCUGAGACGCCAUUUUUAAAUAAAUAAUGUACAGACAUGAGGAGCUUCUUUUUUUUUCUUCAUGCGCUCCGAUGUUGAUAAAUGGACCAAUGUUCACCUGAGAGGGUUCAGGAUGGACCGGGAGAGACUCACCUGUGCACCUUUUUCCCAGUAGAUCGUACUUCACCUUCAAAUCGCUCGGCAGCAUCAAGUCGUGCAUGAAGAAUUCUAUUGCAAAUUCAUAAACCGAAUAAUAAAAAGUAUCUUGGGGUUAAAAGCUU